UUUCUUUUUAUUUGGCAUCAUUUGACCACUCCUCCUCCUCUUCUUCCCAUUCCCUUUCUUUGUCUUUGAUGCAAGUAUGGCCGUCGACCUCAUGAUGGGAUAUCGAAACCACAAUUUCGCCCAAGAGAAUGCCGUUCGUGAAGCUGCGUCGGGGCUAGAGAGCGUCGAGAAACUCAUCAAGUUGCUGUCGCAGACCCAACAACAAUUCCAGACAACAUCUAAUUCAACCUCAAACUCAAAGUCUUCCAUGGCAAACAUCGACACCGACUACAGAGCUGUCGCUGACGUGGCCGUCUCUAAGUUCAAGAAGGUCAUUUCGCUUCUGGGCAGCAGCAGAACCGGUCACGCGCGUUUCAGAAGAGCCCCUGUUGCUCCCCCUCCUCCACCUGCGGAACCCAGAGUCUACCGUGCUACGCCGGUGCAGCAGAUCCCGCCACCCACCCUUCACACUCACGCUGUUGUCACUGACCACUCCUUGGUCCCCAAAAUUGAGAGAAAGGACUCUUCCAAGACCAUUAAUUUCUCCUAUUCAAACUCGUUCGUCUCCUCCCUCACCGCCGGCGACACCGACACUAAACAACCGUGCUCGUCGUCGCCGUCCACGGCUUUUCAGAUCACGAAUCUCUCUCAGGUAUCCUCCGGGGGAAAGCCUCCACUUUCGUCCUCUUCGUUGAAGAGGAAGUGUAGUUCUGAGAACUUGGGCUCUGCCAAGUGUGGCAGUUCCUCUAGCCGAUGCCAUUGUUCAAAGAAGAGCAGAAAAAUGAGGCAGAAGAGGGUGGUGAGGGUACCAGCUAUAAGCUUGAAGAUGGCUGAUAUUCCACCCGAUGAUUACUCUUGGAGGAAAUACGGACAGAAACCCAUUAAAGGAUCCCCUCAUCCAAGAGGUUAUUACAAGUGUAGCAGUGUUAGAGGGUGUCCAGCGCGCAAGCAUGUAGAGAGGGCCCUUGAUGAUCCAUCUAUGUUGGUAGUUACCUAUGAAGGAGAGCACAAUCACACUCUCUCUGCGGCAGAAGCUACUAAUCUCAUCCUAGAAUCCUCUUAACUAAAUUAAUCAUCGUUUCCCAUCACAAAGUAGUAUAUUUUGAUCAUGUCAUUCAUGGCUUGUACAAUUGAAAUUUUUACUCGCGCAGAGUUUUAUCUCGAAGGAGAUUAAUUGAUGGGGUGUUCCAGGUUCAGAUAUGUUCUAUACAAUAUUGGAUUCCUUUA